GAAAUGACGUCGUAUGAUCCAUCUCUGUCUUCGACAACAAGUCUGAGGAGAUCCUCCAUAUUAUAGACCUGUUAAAAAUCAAAUCAAAAGUUUGAAGUUUCAAAAUCAAAAGGUUCAUUUGUUAAUUGACCUUCUGUUUUUCUCCACCAUCUGAUCAAUUAACUAAUUAUUGCUCCGGCAAUGAUGAAGAAGGAGACUGAACAUGCCCAGCUUUCAGCACCCGAUUCAGCUUCUGAGCGAACACUAUACCCUUACGUGACGGGAACAUCUGUUGUCGCUAUAAAAUAUAAAGAUGGUAUUUUGAUGGCUGCUGAUAUGGGAGCAUCCUAUGGAUCCACCUUGCGAUACAAGAGUGUGGAACGGAUUAAGCCUAUUGGGAAGCAUUCUCUUCUUGGUGCCAGUGGAGAAAUUAGUGAUUUUCAGGAGAUUCUUCGCUAUCUGGAUGAGCUCAUCCUGCAUGACAAUAUGUGGGAUGAUGGUAACUCAUUGGGUCCCAAAGAGGUACACAACUAUCUUAAGAGAGUGAUGUACAACAGGCGCAACAAGUUCAAUCCAUUAUGGAACUCCCUUAUUCUUGGUGGAGUAAAAAAUGGACAAAAGUAUCUUGGCACGGUCUCUAUGAUUGGAGUAAAUUAUGAGGACGAUCAUGUAGCCACUGGAUUUGGAAAUCACCUUGCACGACCAAUACUUCGUGGUGAGUGGCAUGACAACCUUAGUUUUGAAGAUGGUGUUAAGUUGCUGGAGAAAUGUAUGCGUGUACUCCUGUAUCGUGAUAGAUCUGCAGUGAACAAGUUUCAGAUAGCUAAAAUUACUGAAGAAGGUGUAACAAUAUCAUCUCCAUAUUCCUUGAAGACAUUCUGGGGAUUCUCUGCAUUCCAAAAUCCAACAGUGGGUGCUGAAGGGUCAUGGUAGACUCAUAUUGAGCGAUUUGAAGAUGAGUGGGAAUGAAAACGAAAACGAUUCUUAUAUUUGUGUUUGGUUUGAAAAAAAUACAAGGUAACACGGGAAUGAAAAUUAGAUUAUUCUAUAAACGAAAAUUAUUUAUUCUCA